GAGGUGGUGAAGUACUUCUUAACGCUGUCAUCUUGGGUAAAUUCCACCCCACUGUCUCCGGGCAGUUCCUCCACCCUCCAGCCGUCCCCUCCAUGUUCCACGUCACACCAGCCCUCCAAGUCCUCUGCAGGGACACGGACAGGCCCACCCUGGUCACACAGCCCCUGCUUGAGGCUGUGGCAAGGCUGGCUCUUGCCUCGGCCGUGGGAGGCAGAAUGGACGUGAGUACUUUCUCAAGGUCUCGAUGGGCAGAGAAUAAAUGAUGGGUCUGUAGGCACUCUGCCCCUCGGACCCAGUGCCCACCGGGCCUGUCCCACCCCCAUUUCACCGAGAGUGGAUACUCUGGGAAGAGACUCCCCAGGGAACAGACGGCUGUUCUGGGCUGGACACUGCACCAAGCAUUUCAUCUCAUUUAACCUUGAAGCGGGCUGGCACCAAGGGCCAUUUUCUAGAAGGGACAAUGGGCACUCCGAUAUGUGGCCCUCACCUUCCCCGCAUGGGUUACGCAGCAGGUUGCGCCUCCUCUUGCUUAGAAAGUAGAACUGUUGCCAGUGGUCCCGCUCGUCAUCGGCGCAGCCCUCAGGCACCAGCCCCUCCUGCUGACACUUAAGCAGCCACAGUGGGGCGCCGUCCACCAGCUCCUUCCAGCGCAGGCACACCAGGCGGCAGGCCUGCACCAGCUCCGAGGCUGGCAACUCGGCCAGCACUCGCAGCAGCAAAGGUUCUGGCAACUGGGCCAGCCUGGCCCCCAUGGAGCAGCCCACUACUGCGACACAAGGUGGCCCCUCCACAGGAAUCUACGAUGGAUGCAAAGUGAGGAACAGGUCAGGAACCACUGCCAUGGCUGUAGGCAACAUCAACGAGUUGCCAGAGAACAUUCUACUGGAGCUAUUCACUCACAUACCAGCCCGCCAGUUGCUACUGCGCUGCCGACCUGUCUGCAGCCUCUGGCGAGACCUCAUUGACCUGGUGACCCUCUGGAAGCGCAAGUGUCUUCGAGAGGGCUUCAUCACCGAAGACUGGGACCAGCCUGUGGCUGACUGGAAGAUCUUCUACUUCCUUCGAAGCCUCCGAAGGAACCUCCUUCACAACCCAUGUGCUGAAGCUAACAGGAGGACCAAGGCUCAGAGAAGGAACGAAACAUGUCCAUGGUCACACAGCCCAUUGCUGCUGGAGUUGAAGGGAUUUGAGUUCUGGAGCCUGGAUGUGAACGGAGGUGAUGAAUGGAAGGUGGAAGAUCUCUCCAAAGACCAGCGGAAGGAAUUCCCCAAUGACCAGGUCAAGAAAUACUUCGUGACUUCCUAUUACACCUGCCUCAAGUCCCAGGUGGUGGACCUCAAGGCUGAAGGGUAUUGGGAGGAGCUGAUGGACACCACCCGACCGGACAUCGAGGUCAAAGACUGGUUCGCAGCCAGGCCAGACUGCGGGUCCAAGUACCAGCUGUGCGUUCAGCUCCUGUCGUCGGCCCACGCACCACUAGGAACCUUCCAGCCAGACCCUGUAACGAUUCAGCAGAAGAGCGACGCCAAGUGGAGGGAGGUUUCACACACAUUCUCCAACUACCCUCCCGGCGUCCGUUACAUCUGGUUUCAGCACGGAGGCGUGGACACUCACUACUGGGCCGGCUGGUACGGCCCGAGAGUCACCAACAGCAGCAUCGUCAUCGGGCCCCCGCUGCCCUGAUGCCCCCUGAACCCCUAUCCUCAGAGCCCUAAUUGGUAAACAGCUGUCAGAAAGGGCCAGGCUUGGGAAGUGGGGGAGGGGGUGGAAGCAGGCACUCUCAGAUCUGUUUGUCUUGCCCCUAGCUGCCUCCUCAGUGCAGAGCUUCUACUGUCUGGGCCACACUCUUCUCUCCAAGGGCGGCACUCCAGCAAGGUCACCCCUUUAAGGGGUGCAGUGCCUGAGGUUAGGUGGAUACAAACAUUAUCAGGUAGAGAUCCCCAAGCUCGAAUGCUUGCCCAGAUCUGUCUCUGUCCUUUGUUCUCCUUCAGGGCCCUUAGAGCAGGGAUGAGUGAGACAUCUGACAGGUUUGGGGACUGCCUUUGAUGAUGCAGACCCUGAGGGGCAGAUCUGGGCUAGAAGGCGGCUCUGCUGGCCAGACCUUAGCCUGGUUGUCAGUUGCGGCUUCUGUCUUGGCUGUCUUCCUUGCUUUGGCUUGGAAGUCAAGCCUGGUACCAGAUAGGCAGGUAGGAUCAGACUGUCCUUGUCGUCAGCAAAGCCCAGAAAGCCAGGUGGGUACUGAUGGGUGCAGGGCUCCCCAGAGGACCCAUGGAAUCCCACUCAGGAUGGGGGCAGGAUGGACCUUGAUUCUGAGAGCUGAAAUGGGAAAACCAAGUAGAGGGACCUGGGCAAGUUCUCUAUGGCUUGGAGAUGUCCAAGCCCCAACUGUUGGAGCGUCCAUUCCCACACUGUCCCCUGACCCCAGCACCACUCCAACCCUCCUACUGCACAGCCAAAUAAAAUAUUUCCCAGCCUC